GAGCAGUCCCCGUGGUUCCCAGCCCUUCAAGUUUAAGCGGCCUUCCGAGUCUUUCCAUUGUCUAUAGCUCUUUUUCUGGCUCCAGAACUCCAUGGAAGGAUCUAAAUGUAUCUGUGAUUGUUCUCACAGACUCGCCGGUUGGGCGCACUAUUUGGGGUCACCAUCUAUCAGAAUGCUGAUUGUUAUCAUUGUCCCCGCAACAAAGGGCGAAUGGAAGGAAGAUAGCCGUCUUUUGUAUGGAGUGACGGUAUCCACUUGUUCAUUAUGGACUCUCGCCGUCGGGAUAUUUUGCUGUGGAGCAGUGACAGAUUUCGGGCAGUCAGCACUCAGCACUCAGCGUCCGACCUUGACACUAGGGUGGCCUCCUGCAGGUUUCGACGUACACCAAAUAGUUUACAUAUGCAUGUGGUUCAAUACAACAGAUCUCUAUCCUUGAUCUACAAGCAUGUAUAUACACCAAUUGCCAUAUAAUACAAAAUGCAGUGCGAUAUG